CGUCUGGCUUCAGCCAUAUCUGCGCACCUACACUCUUACAUUGACACACAUCAAACCACUUGUGCUUGCCGCCGCCUCCUGUCGCACCAACCAUGUCAGCUGUUGGGCGCGAGCACUGUCUUAUCGUUUAGCUUGUCGCUCUGUAGUGCGGCAACUCUUUUUUGGGAGCGCGUCAAUUCAAGCCACCAUACUCAUACAUUUAUAUACAUAUCCACACAUGGGUUCAUCGGCGCUCGUGUGCUAUUAAUUCACAACAGGCAUGCGCUCCAACAUGUCGCCUGCGCGCCUGCACCGGCUGUCGUGGCAGUUGGCCUGCCUCUUGUUCGCUACCUCCGCCACGGCCACCAUCUCACCCUCCAACACCUCGACUGCGCGUCCGGGCUGGGGAGAUGGCACUCUACCACUCGCCCGUGCCGAAUCAAACGGGCGCAAAAUUGCCAACGUUAUCCCCUUGACCCAGGAAGCAGUGAAUUCGGUCAAGGGCAACCUAUACAACACAAAUUUCUCCAAUGUCGCCAACAUCACUGCUGACGAGAUCGCAUACAUCAGUUGCAACCCCAGCGACUACAACGGUUUCGACAAUGCCCAAUCCGUCUUCGAGCAGGCUUAUCGACAAGCCAACAUUUCGGCUGCCAUCCUCUACAGCACCGCCACCGACUAUUGUGAUUAUGACCAGGAUGACUCUCAACAAACGGUGCAGCAAUUUGCUGUCUAUUCCAUGACGAGCAAAACUGAUUCCGCUUUUGUACUCGACGCUAUUGACGACCUGCCCGCACACAUGAAAUACUUCGUCCAUGUUCAAGGCCGGUCCAAUGACGACAACGGCAAUGGAGGCGGCAACCCAAACCAGACACAGAGCCCAUUAGGCCCUUCACCCUCGACUGCUGUCGCUAUGAUCAUUCUGUACAGCAUUACGGGUAUCAUCACAGCUCUAUUCCUCGUCAUCAUCAUCACGGGCGCGGUAAGAGCGCAUCGUCACCCUGAGCGAUACGGACCCCGGAACGUCCUUGGGCGACCCAGACAAAGCAGAGCAAGGGGACUCGGAAGAGCUAUUCUCGACACUAUUCCCAUUGUAAAAUUUGGCGAAAGAGAGCAGACAAAGUCUACUGAUGUGGAACUAGGACCGGCAGCUGGGGCGAGAGAUUUGAACGGAGCGAACGCGACAAGCGACGGACACGCAAACCCUCCAACGACCGCUGAUCAGCGCAGCCAAGCGCAGCCACUAGGUACGGAGCAGGUGACGGGGGCGCCACAGGAAGCGACCCCCGCGGAGAUUGAGCAACAUCAGUCAGGUAUAGCACCUGCACAACCUAUUGUUGCGGCCGCAUCUACGGGUACAGAGAACGCUUCAUCUGACGAAAGUCUGGGUUGCUCCAUUUGUACAGAGGAUUUUGAGAAGGGUCAAGAUCUUCGCGUUCUCCCAUGCAAUCACAAGUUCCACCCAGAAUGUGUAGAUCCAUGGCUAUUGAACGUAUCUGGUACUUGUCCAUUAUGUCGCGUCGAUCUCCGACCCGUUGAUUCCCAUGGUUCUUCUGCCUCCCAUGGUCAGGACCAACUUGCUCCACCUCUAAACCCCGAUGCUGAAACAUCGCAUCGCCGACGCACCGCAAUCCGUGAUAUUUUGUUGUUCCGCCAUUUACCAAAUUCAUCAGCUGAAGAGCGAAUUGGCGCCCUAAGGCGGCUUAGAGAGCAGCGAAGAAACCAAAGUGGCGAUCUCCCUGGAGAGAGUACAAGUCCAAGUGUGGAGAACGUAGCCAACACAAGAGACAGAAGAAGUAGGAGAAUCAGCGCACGACUAAGUGACGCUUUUGGAGCUCGAGCCCGAAGAGAACGAGGGGAUGCAAGCCCUGCGCAGAGGAAUUCAGCUAUAGUGCCACCGACAGGCAAUACACCAACGCCGGGUAACAACGAGGCGCACAAUACUUCCAACACGUAGCGUUUGAAUAUAUUUUUUUCAAUUGAUUUGGAAUCUAUGUCUUUUUUUGAUUUCUUUACACAAAGAAUAAGCAAAUUGACGCUUGGAAAAGCAAGGGACUGCACAUACCGAAGGACUUUUGAAUCUUGAAAAGGCUGAAAGUCUAUCAUGUAGAUUACUGUAAUAUCUCAAUGUAAAAUUAAGAGUUGG